CUGUUGUGUUGUGGGCGUGCCUUCUUCCCACAUCAAAUCAACGAACGACGACGACAACAACAACACGCCGCACCCAUCGGCAUCACCAUCAGCGUCCUCCUCUGCUUCCCAACGCACCACAACAACAGAGGGAGCGAGCGCCGUGUUGGAUCAACUGCUGUGUUGUAUCCUUCCUUUUUCCCCUUCCUUACCGACACAUCUUCUUCUCAAACAUGAGGCUCGCUUCGUGGACCUUUGAGGUGGCGAUUGCGGUGGUGGUGGUGGUCAUGUGCUGUGCAGCAAGGACAACGGUUGCGCAGAGCCCCAUCUUCCACUUGUCUGCGACCAAGUUCACGACAACGAAUGCGUCCGUGACGACGGCCACCACGGUGGAGGUGCGCUGCGAACACGACUCUGCAUUUGUGAGCAAGUGGACCGCUGCGCCCGGCCUGGCCGCUGGUGAUGCGCUGAGCAACGGUACGCUGUACAACAGCACGACGGUGGGCCUGGAGUACACGUUUGGCGGCGACUUUUCGCCGUUUUCCGCGUCCAACGCUGAGUGCAUCGCCCGCAUGACGGUGGAAGGCAAGGUGCGGCAGGUGCCGUCCGAGCGCAACUGCUCCGUGUCGCGGGCAGAGCUGGCUGGGGACCUGAGCCGCGAGCGGUGCUGUGUUGUGAACUGGGAUGACGGCGUGCAGCUGGUGUACUGCCUGGUUGCCCGCACCACCCCUGGCUACGCGUGCACGCUGGAUGCCCAGUGCCACGGCGGCGACUGCCGUGGCGGGUACUGCUGCGGCGCGCUUGGACGCGUGCCCGGCUGCACGGCGUGUGCGAGCGGCAACGGCGGUGGGUACUGUGCUGCGUGCGCGUCACCGUACUUUCUUGUCAAGGACAGCGCCCGCCGCCGCCGCCGCAGCGCCAUGGUCGACUCGCAAAACACGUUCCUGCGCACGCGCGUGCUGCCGGACGACAGCGCUGCGACGACGACGCUGGCGCCCGCAACGGACGACUAUGACCUGGGGUCGCUCACGGCCAACACGUGCUACCGGGACCAGCCGGCGGGCGCAGGGUGCGAGCGGAACCAGGAGUGCGCGUCGAUGCAGUGCUCGGGCGGGUUCUGCUGCGACGACAGCAAGUACUCGAGCGCGUGCACCAACUGCACGGCAGACGGCGGCGUGUGUGGCGGGUGCGAGUAUGGGUACGAGCUGAACGAAGGGGCGUGCACGUUUCUGAACGUGAACGGCGCCGUGUGCGCGGCGGAUACGGACUGCGCGACAGGGGUGUGCCGCGGUGGCAAGUGCUGCGGCCCAAAGGGGCGGUCCAAAGGGUGCCUGGCGUGCGACUUUGAUGGCGAGUGCGCCACGUGCGACACGGGCUACAUCAACAUCCUCUCCGAGUGCUUCAAGGACACGUCCACCAAUGGCGGCGGCAGCACGGAUGGCAGCAGCAACAGCACCUACGCCAACUCCACCAUCAUUGCUGCGUCGGUUGCUGGUGGUGUUGCCUUUAUCAUGGUGUUGAUGGUGGCCAUUCGCUGCAUCGUUGCAAAGCGCACCAACAGCGACGAGUGAGUGAGUGUGUGUGGGGGGGAGAGAAGUGUGCUUGUGUAUUCGUGUGUGUUGUGUGUCGAAAGAGUGAGUGAGUUGUGUGAGUGUUGAGUUGUUGGGUGUGACAGUCGUCAAAUCAUGUGUCGCAAAACGCAUCUUCCUCUUCUCACCCGUGUUCCACAACUAAGUGCCCGGUCGGAUGCCUGCCUGAUUGCUUCGUUUGCCUUUUUUUUUGUGUGCGAUAUGCGCUUUGUCCUGUUGCGUAAAAUGUUGCUGACUCAGGUUCUGAGUCAGCGUCAGUGCGACCUGUCCGCUGUCAACCCCACAAAUUUUGGUGUGAGUCACGUUGUUUGUUUCGCACGAGCAAUGGCUUGAAAUACGCAUUGGUG